GCCCUCGCCGGAGCCACACUGCCUGGCGGCGGGGCGGCCCUGACGGCCCAGGCCCGGAACCCUGCCUGGCAGAGCGCCCCACGUAAGGCAGGACCGCGGCGGCGGUAUCAGCUCACAAGCCUACCCUCGGCGGACGGUCUCGGGUCGCUCGCUGCGUGGCUCGCCCGGUCGGCGGCGUGUGCCCCCGCGCGCACGCGCAAAGCCCGCCGCGUCCCCGACCCCGGGCGGCGAGCUGUGGGCCGCAGAGGGCGGCAUGCGGGACUACGACGAGGUGACCGCCUUCCUGGGCGAGUGGGGGCCCUUCCAGCGCCUCAUCUUCUUCCUGCUCAGCGCCAGCAUCAUCCCCAAUGGCUUCACCGGCCUGUCCUCCGUGUUCCUGAUAGGGACCCCCGAGCACCGCUGCCGAGUGCCGGACGCCGCGAACCUGAGCAGCGCCUGGCGCAACCACAGUGUCCCGCUGCGGCUGCAGGACGGCCGCGAGGUGCCCCACAGCUGCCGCCGCUACCGGCUCGCCACCAUCGCCAACUUCUCGGCGCUCGGGCUGGAGCCGGGGCGCGACGUGGACCUGGGGCAGCUGGAGCAGGAGAGCUGCCUGGAUGGCUGGGAGUUCAGCCAGGACGUCUACCUGUCCACCAUCGUGACCGAGUGGAACCUGGUGUGUGAGGACGACUGGAAAGCCCCACUCACCAUCUCCUUGUUCUUCGUGGGUGUGCUGUUGGGCUCCUUCAUUUCGGGGCAGCUGUCAGACAGGUUUGGCCGGAAGAAUGUGCUGUUUGUGACCAUGGGCAUGCAGACAGGCUUCAGCUUCCUGCAGCUCUUCUCGAAGAACUUUGAGAUGUUUGUUGUGCUGUUUGUCUUUGUAGGCAUGGGCCAGAUCUCCAACUACGUGGCAGCAUUUGUCCUGGGGACAGAAAUUCUUGGCAAGUCAGUUCGUAUAAUAUUCUCUACGUUAGGAGUGUGCAUAUUUUAUGCAUUUGGCUACAUGGUGCUGCCACUGUUUGCUUACUUCAUCCGAGACUGGCGGAUGCUGCUGCUGGCGCUGACAGUGCCAGGGGUGCUGUGUGUGGCACUCUGGUGGUUCAUUCCUGAGUCCCCCCGAUGGCUCAUCUCUCAGGGACGAUUUGAAGAGGCAGAGGUGAUCAUCCGCAAGGCUGCCAAAGCCAAUGGGAUUGUUGUCCCCUCCACCAUCUUUGACCCAAGUGAGUUACAAGACCUAAGUUCCAAGAAGCAGCAGUCCCACAACAUUCUGGAUCUGCUUCGAACCCGGAAUAUCCGGAUGGUCACCAUCAUGUCUAUAAUUCUGUGGAUGACCAUAUCAGUGGGCUAUUUCGGGCUUUCCCUUGAUACUCCUAACUUGCAUGGGGACAUCUAUGUGAACUGCUUCCUUUCAGCAACGGUUGAAGUCCCAGCAUACGUGUUGGCCUGGCUGCUGCUGCGGUAUUUGCCCCGGCGCUAUUCCAUGGCCACUGCCCUCUUCCUGGGUGGCAGUGUCCUUCUCUUCGUGCAGCUGGUGCCCCCAGACUUGUAUUAUUUGACUACAGCCCUGGUGAUGGUGGGCAAGUUUGGAAUCACGGCUGCCUUUUCCAUGGUCUAUGUGUACACAGCCGAGCUGUAUCCCACAGUGGUGAGAAACAUGGGUGUGGGAGUCAGCUCCACAGCAUCCCGCCUGGGCAGCAUCCUGUCUCCCUACUUUGUUUACCUUGGUGUCUACGACCGCUUCCUGCCCUACAUUCUCAUGGGAAGCCUGACCAUCCUGACAGCCAUCCUCACCUUGUUUCUCCCAGAGAGCUUCGGUACCCCACUCCCAGAUACCAUUGACCAGAUGCUAAGGGUCAAAGGAAUGAAACACAGACAAACUCCAAGUCACACAAGGAUGUUAAAAGAUGGUGAAGAAAGGCCCACAAUUCUUAAAAGCACGGCCCUCUAACACACCUUCCAGUAAGGGAAAAACUGAAGAGGAAAAAUCGUCUUGCCAGAAAUGGCCAGCUUGUGCAGAGUCUGAGACCUUCAGUGACAAAGGCCUUUUACUGUUUAUCCUCUUGACCUGUGUCUGACUUGCUCAUGGAUGGUCACCACUCAAAGGCUACGUAUGGUCCUAGAGCACCACCUUCCUCUAGGGACACUGCGGCUACCUACAGAUAACUUCAUAUAAGUCCUAACUAUUACAAUGAUGGACUCCACUUUAUAAGAAGCUAAUUAUUCACUAGCACCAGUGAGAACUGGAGGAAUAUGAGAAGCUUACACUAAAUUUAUAUUUUAAUUUCGACUACCUGAAAAGGCCCUUAAUAAGGCUAGAGGUCUAAGUCCCCCCACCCCUUCCCUAGUCCCUCUAAUGGUGAACUUUAGAGGGAAAGGAAAUAAUUGCAUGAGGAGUUUGAUUUCUUACCUUUUCUCAGUUACAGAGGACAUUAACUGGAUCAUUGCUUCCCCAGGGCAGGAGAGCGCAAGGCUAGGGAAAGCGAAAGGUAACGAAGAUGGAGCAGAAUGAGCAGAUGCGGAUCACUGGCAAGUGCGCCUAUGUGCACGCUCUUAGAACACUCAGCAUAAUGACUAAGUAGACUUGUCUACAUCUGAUCAAAGCACUGGGCUUGUCUAGGCCCAUAAGAAAUACACCAUCGAAUCUACUAUUCUUGUUUUCCACUGCUGUGGAAACCUUGCUACUAUAGAGUCUUAUGUAUGGUUUAAAGGAAGUUUAUCCGUGAGAGAGACAAGCAACCUUGUCUUAUCUCUCAAAUCUGUAAUGUUGGUUUUGUUUUGUUGUUUGUUGUUAUGUGAUUUUCUCCUUAUUUGCCCUUCAGAAUACACUUGGGAAAGGCUAGUUCCUUA